CACGUUUUGAAAUAACUCGCCUAUUCAAACAUGUCGCAUAUCUGACAAUAAGUGGCGAUUUAUAAGGAGAACGGUAAAGAGUCGAGGGUAUUUGGAGAGCCCUUCUAUUUGAGACCAUAACAUAUGGCUUCAUCACACUUCUACUAAAAUAAAAAUCGGCAACACUUAAAUUUUUAAAAAAUCAAUCAAAAGUUUUUUCCAUGCAACCAAACUUCCUUAAAAUUUAAAUUAAUAAAAAAUUGAACUUCUCUUUGUUAAUUGCUUUGUUUUGGUGUUACGAAAAAUAAGUAGGUGUCCUAUCGGUACACCUCUGGAGUUAUCUCCCAUCGGUCCUACAUAUAGCUCGGGAGCCGGUGCCCGAUCCUUAGUCUCUCUGCUUCUCACCAUGUGGACAACAGCCUUCCUUCUGUAUCUAGCGACCGGGACCACGUGGGCAGAUUCCUGCGCGGGCCGGUGUGGGGCGGGGUUGGACUCCAGCAUGACUUGCCAGUGUAAUACCAAUUGCGCCACCUACGGGGACUGCUGCAGCGACUACUACGCCCUCUGUACGCAACAGACUUGCAGUGGAAGGUGCAACGCUGCGCUAGACAAUACCAAACCUUGUCAGUGUAAUAGCGCAUGCGUCAAUUUCGGCGACUGUUGCCCGGAUUAUCAAAGUCUCUGUGUGGGUGGUGGCGGUGGAACACCUGACGUCACAUGUGACAUCAGUUGCCUUGCCAACCAGCUGUGGGACAAUGACAUCAAUAGAGUUCAGGUUUGGGAGUACGAGGUCAACCAUCAGGGGCAGACAACCACGAGCAGUACAUCGGACCAGGCCGCUCAAAGCCUGUUCACGUACCUGCAGGAGGAAAACGUAUUCCUGAAGCCGACCUACAGCACGUUCCUGGCCCUGCUUGACAACUACACGCCCAGUACCUCAGUCACCGAGAGCCAGGAUGCCGCGGAGUGGAUAGAAAUCGACGCCUUCCUGGACGCCAUCUUAGCCACUGACGUCAUGAACCACCUGUACAACUUCCUGGUCGAACACGGUCACGUGACUGACGCCACUUCCUACAGAGAGGUCAUUAAGGAGCUCUGGUUCAACCUGUACGCACGCUCCAGCAGUGGACCAAUCAACAGCAGCGGAUUUGAGCACGUGCUAGUCGGAGAAACUUCUUCCAAGGUCUCUGGCUUCCACAACUGGAUUCAGUUUUACUUGGAGGAGAAGAAAGGGACCAUCAACUAUCAGGGCUGGGUUUCGAGGAGCCAGCCUUUAAACAUCGUGGCUGCCAGAUUUACCUGGAAUGGACUCUCUAAGGCAAAGGGGUCAUUCUUUGUUGGGGUCAGUCCAGAGUUCGACAUCGCUAUCUACACCGCAUGCGCAUUGACCCGGCCCAACUCCAGCUGUUCCUUUACUAUGGCUGGAACCUCCCUCACCAUCCAGACCUAUGAUGUAGCACACAAGUCCGGGCUCCAAGUGGCCACCGCCUACCCCAACAUCUAACCGGCGGAUGAAAUCCAACAUCUGACCGGCGGACCAAAACAUCUAUCAGUGAACCGUGUCAUGUGGUUCUUAUUAAACUAUUUCAAUAUAAGUUUUGUUUCCUUUUUGAUGUGUGUUAUAGUUUGCACACCCCGGAAUAAGAAUAUCACAUUCAUAGUACUAGUUUUUGGACUGAUGAUUUUAUAAAUGAUUGAAUACUACAAGACUAUCCAAAGAAAUGUAAAACAAUUUUUUGUCGAUUUGUGCAAGAAUUUCCAUUGAAUACACUAAUCACCUAUUGCUUACAACUCAAUAAGUUUGUCCCGAUUAGGGACUGAUAAAUUUUCUUUAUAAACAAAUCCAAUAAAGAAUAAAAAUACAUGUAAAUCAUUACGUGU